AUGCCGUCUUAUCUUGACUAUUGGUCUACAGAAUUCAGAUAUGCCCAAGUGGCUAACGUAAUGCCACUGAAACGAUUCGAGCAGAUUCGACGCAAUAUUCACUUUGUGGACAACGCCAAUUCGGAUGAGGACAGAUACUACAAAAUACGACCAUUUGUUGAAAAAAUUAGGAGGAACUGCCUAGCAACGGAGGAAGAAACACAGUAUAGCAUAGAUGAGAUGACUAUACCUUAUAAGGGCACAAAAGCAGGAAACCGGAGACAGUAUAACCCCAUGAAACCUAAUAAAUGGGGGUUCAAGAAUGUCGUGCGCGCUGGUGCGUCUGGAAUCGUUUAUGAUUUUUUGUUGUACGGCGGCGAUGACACUUUCCGUUAUAUUGGUUUUAGCGCGGAAGAAGAGCAGAUGACACUGGGUGCAAAAAUGGUAUUUAAUGGUUGCAAGGGACUGUUAAGUGACAAAGAACUUAAGAAAAGAGGAAGAGGUUCAUUUAGCCAAGUUGUAGACAACGACAGAAAGAUAGCUAUUGUCAAAUGGUACGACAAUAAAGUCGUAACUUUGGCCUGUUCUUAUGCAGAUGCUUACCCAGUUCACGAAAUCAAGAGAUGGAGCAAAGAACAGAAAAAGAAACUUGGUGUCACGUGUCCGCAGCAAAAUAGAAGAUCAAUUGAGAGGGAACCACCAAGCCCUUUGCCGAAAAAAGCGCUGAUCCAAAACCCAAGUGCACCAAGGCCCCCAGUUUCUGUGCGAUAUGAUGGCUACCACCACUGGUCUGAGUAUACGACAUAUGGACGUUGCAAGUUCUGUAAGCACAAUAAAACGAACAUACAUUGUUCCAAAUGCAAGCAGAGGUUGUGCUUAGUGACCAAACGAAAUUGCUUUUAUAAUUUUCACAAUAAGUAA